UGCUCCUAACCUAAGGAUAUACUGUGGCAUAAGAGGACAGUGGUGCUGAAGAAUUUUUUUUUACCCCUUUUUGGAAGUCACACUCACAGAACUGCAUGCCGAUUUUACCUCAGAAAAUGGAAGUACACGUUUUGAGCAUCUUCCUUCUCCUUGUGGCCUUGACGGUUGUUCAUGGUAGUGGUUCAUAUGUAGUGAAGAAGGUGAUGAAGGCUCCGCAUUACCAGCCUUACUCUGUAAAGAGCCAUGUGGUGUCAGUGGCAGGAGAGCCCGGUGCCCCAGGUGAGCCUGGCCCAGAGGGCCCCACUGGCCCACCAGGUCCCCCAGGGGAAAGUGCUGUUGGACUUCCCGGACCCGAGGGCCCUGCAGGGCCACCCGGACCUGCUGGCUACUCUGCACCUGGAAAACCCGGCUCCCCAGGUGGGCCUGGUAAACCUGGUGUUCCUGGCCUGCCUGGUGAGAAAGGAGAGCCAGGUGCAGCUGGAUUUCAGGGUCCCAGGGGUAUGCCAGGACCAGCCGGAAGCCCAGGACCUGCAGGCAUUUCUUCCACUGGCAAGCCAGGACCUUCCGGUCAGCCUGGAGCAAUGGGACCAAGGGGGGAGACGGGUCCUAAGGGACAUCAUGGUGUGCCUGGUUUGCCAGGAGCUAAGGGGGAUAGAGGAGUGGGAAUCCAAGGUGCCCCAGGUGAAACAGGGGCUAUUGGACCUAUGGGACCAGCAGGGGAGCCAGGAUCACCUGGGGUUGGAAAGCCAGGUAAGCCAGGAAUCCCAGGUGAGGCAGGAAAGUCAGGGACACCUGGUAGGGAUGGGACACCUGGUCCCAUGGGGUUGCCAGGUGCUAAAGGCCACCCUGGAGCUCCUGGAGUUGGUCUACCUGGAAAACCAGGUGAUAAUGGGGCUCCAGGUAUGCCUGGUCCAGCUGGUCCUAAAGGUCAUCAGGGUCCAACUGGAGCAACUGGGGCACCUGGUAUCCCUGGAUAUGGUAAGCCAGGAGCAAAUGGAGAGAAGGGUGAGAGAGGAGUAGUAGGAAGCCCAGGUACAACCGGUCAGAAGGGUGAGCCAGGACCACAGGGAUUCACUGGUGCUACUGGCGCUACUGGACCCAUGGGUCCCGCCGGUUCUCAGGGUGCAAGAGGCUUUCAGGGAGAUACUGGAGGUAUGGGUCCUAAAGGUGAUACAGGUGCAGUUGGGCCCCAGGGGCCAAAGGGAUAUAAAGGAGAUCAGGGCGCACAAGGUUUCCAGGGCAAGCAAGGUUAUCCAGGGCCAGCUGGUCCAGCUGGUGCCAGAGGAGAAACUGGAGCUCCAGGUAACAAAGGUGACACUGGCCACACAGGUGCAACCGGUGCUCCAGGUGUCCCAGGACCUGCUGGGCCCAAAGGCUUCCCAGGGCGCAAUGGUGAGACAGGUGAAGCUGGAGCUACUGGAGCCCCAGGUCCCAGAGGACCUGUUGGGCCUGCUGGUCCUGCAGGAGCACCUGGACUUAAAGGACACCCUGGUCUCCCUGGCACACCUGGCCCAGCUGGACUGGCUGCUAAGGGAAUCCCUGGCCCUCAAGGUCCUCCUGGCCUCCCUGGUGCUGAUGGUAAGGAUGGAGGUCAAGGCCCUGUUGGACCUCCAGGCCCUCCUGGUCCUCCCGGUGAGGUCAUUUUUGAGAAGGGCAUGGAAAUUGGUGAGGUCAUGAUGCCAACUCUUGUCAAGGCCCCUGUGUCUGCUUUCUCAGUUUUUCUGUCAACUCCUUAUCCUCCAUCUGGAGAACCUAUUAAGUUUGAUAAUGAAGUGUACAAUGCAGAGAAUCACUAUGACCCUACCACAGGUCAGUUCACUUGCCAGGUACCUGGUGUCUACUACUUCUCAUACACCAUUCAUGUUAAUGGGGCUCAUGCUCUGGUGGCUUUGUACAAGAAUGACAAACCGGUCAUCUUUAGCUAUGAUGAGUACAACAAGGGCUUCCUUGACCAAAUGUCUGGUAGCACUGUUCUUAUGCUUGAUGUGAACGACACAGUCUACCUUCAGAUCCCAGAUGAAGAGGCCAAUGGGGUCUUUGCUGCUGAGAAUGUCCACUGCACUUUCUCUGGCUUUCUUAUUGCUUCAACGUGAUACGUUAUCACCUAAUAA